GUCUCUGUAUUGAGUGAAUGAGUUAUACCGCACCAUUAGAAGUUUUGCCAUCAAAUUCAACUUUUUUCAAAGAAACAACAAUUUGCAAGUGAAGAGUUCGUAUCAUACCACAUAUUCAAGCCAAAAACUCAAACUAAAAGAGAUGAAACAAAUGAAAUCAUCCUUAUUGUGUGUAGGAUUUCGGCGAAUAGUUUCCUAUGGAACGCCAUCACAAGCAAAUGUGCUUAGUUGUUUGUCUAAGGCGAAGCCAAAGGCAAAGGUGUCAACAACAAGGGCAUUUAGCUCAUCAACCGCAUCCGAGAUGAAGACCAAACCAUUAUUGAAUCGCCCGGAGUAUGACUGGCUGUUCCUAUGUAAUCCUGCCUUCACUGAAGAACUUGAACAAAACAUAGUAUACAGGAAAGGUGUCGGAGACAUCAGGAAAGUUCUUGAACUGUACAAAAAACUUGAGAGUACUACUAAAGAUGCCGAUGCAGACACAAUUAAAGAAGAGCUAUUGGAUGCAGCGUCUCACCUCCCAAAUAUAUCUCACCCAUCAUCUCCUGUUGGGGAGGAAAGUUGUGCAGAAGUUGUUGACACUUUUGGUACGAAGAGAGACUUUAGCUUUCAACCCAAGGGUGUGGUGGAACUGGGUGCUUAUCUGGGCAUUCUCAGGACAAAAGAUUUAGGUUUGACGACUGGUCAAAGGACAUACUACUUCAUUGGUGCCUUAGCCAAAUUAGAACAGGCCUUGAUUCAGUAUUCUUUAGAUAAACUUGUCAACAGUGGGUUUACUCUUGUAUCUGUCCCAGAUUUGAUCGCGCCAGAGAUCAUUGAAGCAUGUGGCUUCAACACGACUGGCACAAGGACACAGGUUUAUAAACUAGGUACACGCCAUGGAGACAUGUGUUUGGCAGGCACUGCUGAGAUGUCUUUGGCUGGCAUGUUCAUGAAUAAAGUCCUCCAGGACACGGAGCUACCGAAAAAAGUAGCGGCAGUGAGUCGUUGCUAUCGUGCAGAGACGUCAAGCGUUGAGGAAGAAUCCGGUAUUUACCGAGUUCACCACUUCACGAAAGUUGAAAUGUUUGGUGUGACUGCCAAUGAGUCGGGAGAAGAAAGUGAGGCACUAUUCAAUGAGUUUGUGGAUAUUCAGAAAGAACUGUUCGCGGGACUUGGGUUGAAUUUUCAGAUUCUUAAUAUGCCUACUCAGGAGCUAGGUGCACCUGCCUACAAGAAAUAUGAUAUUGAGGCUUGGAUGCCCCAUAAGAAAUUCUAUGGCGAGAUUUCAAGCACAUCUAAUUGCACUGAUUAUCAAAGUAGACGAUUGCAUAUGAAAUAUGUUGAUGAUCGUUAUGCUGUUCAUCAUGUCCACACUGUCAACGGUACUGCCUGUGCCAUCCCUCGGAUGGUUAUGGCUGUUCUGGAGAACUAUCAGAAUAAAGAUGGCUCAAUUACUGUUCCCGAGAGACUUGUGGAGUACAUGGGAAUGGACAGGAUAGUAAAAGACUGUGAACCACCCAUCAUGCAAUGGAUUAAAAAAGUAAAGAAGACUUGAUUAUAAGUUUGGUGUCAUAAAGUACUUGGCACAUUUGCCUAGCUCUCAAUAAGCUAUGCCCGCUUAUCUGUGUGCUCCAGGUAUCAAUUACUAUCCAUCCUCUUGCAAUGCAGGACCUACAACACGACUUCUCCUUACGCGAGGGAGCAAGUAUGUAUCAAGUGAAAUGGCCUGAUAUUGUCAGGAUGAGUACUAUCGUACUAGAGGAGAAGCAUUUGAAGUAGGGCUCACAGAGAGACUUCAACUUGCAGAUAAUACAGCUUCACAGAAAAGACAAUGAAAAAGAUUUUAAAUUCAUUACAUUGUAUUACUACAGUUCUGCUCAUUCUUUUAUUUACAAA